AUGUUAGCCUAUUCACGUGGUCAAGACUUCUCCUGGCUACGCGAGGAUCGUAAGAUCAUCGAAGAUUUCGGUCUCGUACAGUUGUAUUUUUGGAGAAAUUGGAUUGUGCCACAAAUGCAAAAAAGGACCCGUCGUCGAGUACGUGGAUACGGUUUAUCUGGGAAGUCUGCUGGAAAAGAAGUGACUAUCCGAACGGAAGCAAUGCUGGAAGCACUUGCUUCACUUCUAAACUCAAAUAAGUACUUCUUCGAUGUCAAUGAACCGUCAUGGCUGGAUUGUAAAGCAUUCGCUGUGUUGGUUCAAUUCAAGUACACUCCGUUGCACAAUGAAGCAAGACUCAAGCAAUUCAUGAAGGAUAGAACACCGAAUCUGAUGACAUUUGUGACCCGAAUGAAAGAGGAAUUCUGGUCGGAUUGGGUCACAAUUUCGGAUUGA